AUGCUUCUUACCCACGUUGAAGAGGCCUUGCGGCCUCAGACCCAACCUCGUAUUGACGAUAUCGCCCUCCACACUUGCGGACCCCAGCAAGCUGUUCUCCCUCGAGAGGCCUCUUCCCUGACCGACGAUUUUACCCCCGCUCAUGUUCCCUUCCAGUGUUUUCAGAAUAUCCUGCAGCGCUUUACUGGAACCCUCUACAAUGACACCUCCAUUAGAGUUCUUCCAGCUUCUCGCAAUCUCCUCCAGCACCUUUUCCGCCAGACCCUCCUCGCGCCAUCCCGAACCGCAUUGCCGCCCGAUGAACGAGGCCAGCUCCUGCAGAGCGGUGGAGUUGAGGGUUAA